AGUGCGUCACGGCCGCGCGACCAUUCUUCACCUUGUCACUCGCAACUGGGCCGUCUCUGGAUUCUUUCUCGAGUUGCUACGCGCGCGCAGAAGCUCCGAUCCAUGGCACUGUCGCCUAGAGGUUGCACGGUUCUCAUGGCCCUGCUGCUCGUGGCCGUGGUCACUGCCCUUGCGGCGCCGGCCGUGACAGCAGCCGGCCUGGAGUGGACGCCCAGCGAGCGCCACAAAGCCCGCUCUCCGAAGGCCCCGACCGCGCUGCCUUCGGCGGCUGCGCCAGCCGGGGCGCCUCCCACCCCGGGGCUGUACCCUCCCCAUGGGAUGGCAGCGGCGGCGCCUGGCCCUACGCAGGGAGCGGAGGCUCCCGCCCCAUCGCCUUACCACAACGACGGUGCGGCUGCUGUGCCGUUCGCGUGCUCGAGUGUGCUCCUGGUCGUCGCCGGCGUGGCCGCUGCGAUAGUGGUCUGAAACUACGAAUGCGGCACUGAUCGAUAUGUGAAUCAUGUUGUACCGCGGCACCCAAUUCCACUGGUGCUCUAUCAAUGUUUCAUCUUUCUUUUAUCAUGCUCUAUGCGGUGGUGAUGGUGUUCUUGUGCUGCGGUGCUGGUCAUAAUGUAAUCAAUGCUCUCAUUACUAUCUGAACAAUUUGUGUAUCGCAGAAAAGGAACUACGAAAUUGUUGUAAAUUUAUUAGAGAAAUAAGUGACAUGCUUCCUU